AUGUUUCCUUCAACGUCAACUGGCGACCUAAACGAUGACAAAAUCAACACCCUGGUGCGCGCAAAUCGACGUCUGACUAUUAGGGAGCUUGCCGAAGAGUGUGGGAUAUCAGUUGAAUCUGGUUAUGAUAUUUUGCCCGAAAAAUUGAAGAUGCACUGCGUCACUGCGAAAUUUGUGCAACGCCUGAUGACCGACGACCAAAAAGUCAAUCGCGUCAGGGUUCGUCAGGAACUGCUUGGUCGUUCAGGUGAAGAUGAGAACUUUUUUUCACAAAUUAUAACCGGUGAUGAAUCAUGGGUUUAUGGUCAUGAUAUUUAA